AUGGAAGUACAAUGUAUUUCAAAAAAUGAAAUUAAAUCAAAUGGUUGGUCUACUAAAACAUGCCAUUAUCCUUAUUUGAAUUCGCAUUCAAUAAAUUAUCAUUAUAGUCUAGAACAAGAAACUUCACAAAAUAAACUGAUGAAUACAAAUGGUAUUCAUCAGAACAGUAACGAUAUUUCAACAAUGUUAACUAAUCAUUCCUAUUUAAAAAGUAAUCUAUUACCAAUAAAUGAUUCAUGCAUAUCUAAUGAAAUAUCGCUUACACGAAAUAUUGAUAAUAAUAAUAAUAAAAACGGUGAUAAUGAUGAUGAUGAUGAUGACGAUGGUGAUGUCGAUCAAUACUUGCCGUCAAUAAUGAAUAAACAAAAAUCAUUAUUUGUCAGUAUUGGAGUACAAACUGAUGAUCAACUAAUUUCAAAGUGUUGUAAUAAAGAAAUAUUAUCAAAUGACAAUUUGUCUAAUAUCUCUUAUUUCUGUGAUAAAAACGAUACUAAUACUACUCAUGAUAAUAAUAAUAAUAAUAAUAACAACAAUAAUGAUAAUGUGGAAAGUUUAAUUGAUGCAAUUAAAUGUGUUUAUGCUGAAAUGAAAAUUGAACAAGCUGAAAUGAUCAUAAAUAAUUUGAUUGAGAAAUUUGCUGAACCAUCCGAUAUGUAUACUUCUGUAGAGAAUCUUCCCAAGGAUAAUUUAUUAUUUUGUAAUAUAUAUAAUAAUAACAAUGAUAAUAAUAAUAAUAAUGAUAACGAUAAAAAGUCAUUAUUAAAUGAAAAAUCAUCUAAUCCUCCUCAUACAUCAGUAUCAUUUUUUUCACCUAUUUUUAAAUUACUUUUAACUCAAUCAGAAUCACAAAUAUUUCCUGAUUUGUAUAAAUUAAGUCCUUCAGGACGUAAAUUAUAUGAUUUAUGCCAUCGACUUGCAUUUGAUAUUAGACGUACUAAAAAUAAGCUACGUAUAUUGCAAAAAAUGCGAACCAGACAAUCAAAUCAACAUCACUUCAAUGUACGUAUUACUUGUACUAAUCCAAAUACAACAACACCAACAACAGAUUCUACUAUUAUUAGCACACACAAUACAUCAAACAAUAUUUUAUCUAAUUUUCAAAAAUUUUUAAACAUUAAUAAAUCGGAUUCAUUGAAUAAUUCAGUAAAGAUUUCUCAAGAUAAUCGUCGUAAUGCCUUCAUUCAUUAUUUACACGAUAUAAGCAAAAAUUAUGAAAUGCCCAAAUCCACAUUAACAACCACAAUUACAACGAUUUCUAAUCAUAAUGAUUCUGGUCAAUUUCAACAGCUCUGUAAAGAUUCACAACUACUGACACAUCAUUAUCAUUACUGUGAACAUAAUAAUAAUAAUAAUAAUAAUAAUAAUAAUAAUAAUAAUGAGAAUCAAUCAGAAAAGUAUGGAAAUUAUUUAGAACAAAUCAUAACAUCGAACAGUAUAAACCCUACUACUACUAGUAGUAAUAUCAACCAUCGCAGUACAGCACCAACGUAUACAAAUCCAUUAAAUUGUCCAUUAUCCUUAUUAUCUUUUGUAAGUAAUUUAAAUAAAGUUAGUAGUGUGGAAAAAAUAACUGAUGAUAAUGAUAGCGAAGAUAAAAAAAAGGGAGAAGAGGCAAAAGAAGUUAAAGGUGAUCGACGCCAAAGACGAUCACGGGGACAACGACAAUGUCGGCGGCAACAAUCGAAACAACAAAAUCAACAACACUAUCAACAUCGACAGCGGAAAAAGUCACAAGUAAAUGAGAAAUUUCGACAGAAUAAACAAAAAUUCCUAUCUUUAUCUGAUAAUAAUAAUAAUAAUAAUAAUGAUAAUAAUAAUAAUAAUGAAAGUAAAAAUACAUAUUGUGAGACUUUAUCGAUUCCAUUCUCCUCUUUUGUAUCAUCACCGUCGCCUUUAUCACCAUCAUUAUCGUCAAUAUCACUAUGUACAACCAAUAAUAAUAACAAUGAUAAUAGUUUAAACUUGAAACAUGAUCUGACCAUAAAUUCCAGUGGGGUCCGUAAUCUCAAUAUGGUAAAUGUGUCUACAAUGUCUACGAAUGAUUUAACAACUAAUAAAUCAAAUAUUAAUGACUUGCCAUCUAAAUUACCAUCAUCAACAUGUUCAGUUAAUUAUUCAAAUAAUCAUCAUCAUGUAGAAUCAUUAUGUUCACUUAAUGUUCCCACAUUAUCACCAUCUCUAUUGUGUUCUUCAUUAUGUUCUACAAGUUCAUCUGAUCAAAUAUCAACAAUAAUUACACCUUCUAGUCAUUUACAUCAAGAUAAUCCAUAUCGUGGUAAACGACGUCAAGUAUCUAGUCCAUUAGAAGAGCAUAAUAAAUUGAAUAAUGAAAAUGAUUUUAUACAAACUCCAUCAAAAAAUCGACGUUGUUCAAGUUUCAAUUCACAAAAAUGUCUAAUCAAUAAACAAUUUACAGAAUCAUUAAAUAAUAAUAAUAAUAACAAUAGUUCAGUUGUUUCAAUGAUAACUAAAACAAUGUCAACGGUAACUUCAUCUCCAAGAUUGUGUUAUUCGUCUUCUUCUCCAAAUAUUUCAUUUGAUCAGUCUACAAUUAAUGUUCAUGUUGAUAAAUUAAAAGAAUCUGAUCAAUGUACAAUUAAUGGUGAACAUAAUACAGAAACAUUUAAGAAAAUAUUAAAUGAUAUUCCAAAAUCAUCAUCAUAUUUAUCGCCUUCCUGCUCAUCAUUUACUUCGUUUUCAUCAUCAUCAUCGUCAUCAUCGUCGUCGUCAUCAUCAUCAUCAUCAUCUGCACUAACCAUCGAUUCAUCAAUAAAUCCUUCUACAUGUUUAUCUGAUACAUUAUGGUCCAAUUCAAAAUCAACAGCAAUACAUAAUAUUGUAAGUGUUGAUAAAUUAAAACAAUUAAAAAUUGAUAUUCAAGAUUCAAGAUAUGAAGAUGAUGAAAAUCCGAAAGAGGUAAAUUCAUUUGUAGUCCCCAGUGUCCUAUCACCUUAUUCUCCAAUUCAACCAACACCUCCAUGUUCUCCAAAUUUCUCAUCCUCUACAUCUUUAUCACCUUCAUCAACUAUUACACUUCCUCAGAAUGGAUAUAAAAGUCCCAAAAGUCAACAACAACAUCAACAAUCUACUUCAAUGACGAAUUCAUGUUAUAAUAGAGAUGAAACUUCAGGAGGAUCGAUCAAUAAUCGACCACCUACACCAGAUAUUCGGCGUAGUGAAUUGGAUUUGGCAGAUUUAUCCGAUGGAACAAGAGUUUUAGUUAUACAAGAUACCUAUCUACGUGCUGGUACUUUAUAUUUAGGAAAAGAUAGUUCUUCAUUAAUCAAUCGAAUUAGUCUUAAUAACGAUUAUCUACGUGAUCAAGUAUUUCGUAUACAUUUAGAUACUGAGAAAUUUACUAGUUCAACUAAUUCACGUAUUAAUAAUUAUAAUCGUUUUAUAUCACCAUCAUUUAACCAUGUGAAUAAUCAAGUUGUAUCAUAUUCAACUUAUCGACAAUUAUCUUUUUCAUCGUCAUCAUCAUCAUCAUCAUCGGCAUCGUCAUCUUCAAGUAAUAAUAAUUGUAGACUGUUUAGUAAAAAUAGAAGACGUCAAAUGGAUUUGUUAUUGUAUGGAUGGCAAGUGGUACAACAGGCAGUUUUAGAAGUAUUUCCUGCUUCAAUACGACAUGUUCCACCGGGAACACGUGUUUGUGCUGCAUGGAGUGAACAACUGGGUGUUAAUCUUUAUCCAGGAACUGUUGUAAAAACUGAUCUAAAUGAACAACAACAUAUCAAUAAUGAUUGUGUUCCAGUUGAUUUUGAUGAUGGAGAUCAUCGACAAGUACCAUUAACUGAUUUACGUAUUCUACCGGAUUAUUUUACAAAUUUAUGUGAAUUAAUUAAUAUCACUGGUGAAAAUAAUAUAAAUUGUUUAACUCCUUGUCUUAUCUCAUCGGAUUAUUUGUCACUACGUCAUGAUAAUAUUAAUAUUACUAAUAAUAAUGAUAAAGAUAGUGGUAAAUUUGUAUCACGUAUGCGUCGUCAUAGUGAUCUGGAUCAUAACACAUCUAGAUCAUAUCAUUCAUGGUCUCAAUCAACAUCUCCACUUAUACAUGAUACUAUGUCCUUGUGUUCACCACAAAUGAAUACAAACUUAAUGUUAAACUCAAAGUUUUUCUUUCCUGAAAAGAAUUCAAAUAAACUAACACAUCGUAUCAAAAGUAAUCGAAGUAGAAAAGAUUCUCAAUUAUCUUCAUCCAGUUCAAAUAGAACAAUGGAAUGUACUGUAAAUUCACUGAUAUCACCUACACAUACAAUAUCAACGGGUGCUACAUCAGUCAUGUCAUUAAGAUCACCGUCACCACCUCUAUCAUUGCAAACGCCAGUGACAAUAGCUGAUUUUAAUCAUAUGUCAAGUGAUAAGUACAUGAGUGAAUGUUCUGACAAUAAUAUUAACAAUGUCAAUAAUAGUGAUAAUGAUAAUAAUAUUAAUAGUAAGUCAGAAAAGGUGAAUUAUCCAUUGAACAAUCAUCUAUCUGAAGAAUUCAAUGCAGAUAAUAUUUCCAUUUCAAGCACAAUUACAACAACCGAUAGUUCAAAUGAGUGUUUAUCCUGGCAAGUGUACGAAAAGUUUAAACGUCGGAAACAAGGCUGUAUAUACUGUCGUUCAAUAAUACGUGAUGUAGAUGGUUUAAUCGUUAAAGUUGGUGAUUGUGUACAAUUUGGCUCUGGGCGCAAUGAAAUAUAUCUUGGAGAGGUUAAAGAAAUACGUUGGGAGCAAAAAAGGAAUUCACUUAUUGUUGUCGCUGCAUGGUACUAUCAACCUCUUGAAGCUGGGAAAGAUGGACAAUUAGUGCAGGAUAUUAAAGGUGCCCUAUUUACAACUGAACAUAAAGAUGAGAAUGAAGCCAAGUGCAUCAAGCGACGUAUCAAAAUCGCUAAAUCAUAUGGUCAGUUUAUGCAAGGAUAUUAUGGAAAACCUAAAGGACAGGAUCCUUUAAAGUCAAGUCAAACACAGUUAAACAAAAACAUGGGAGAAUUCACGUCUAAUACAGAUACCGAACAAGUGAGUUUCAAUAGAUAUCUCUAAAAUGGAUCCAGAUUUUUCCUAAAUUGCUCAAAAUAAUACCUAAUGGAAGAUUUUGCAAUUUAUUUGUUUAUUCAUUAGUGUUACUAGUCGGUCAUAAAAACUAAUGAAUUUCCGACUGUUUCUAAAGGCUAAAAAUCACAGUCUAAUUGGUUUACACAGAUACAUAAAUAUAUCGUAAAGUGGUAGAUACCUUUCAGCUUUUUGCAAUCUUACUUUCCGACUGUCUAGCAGUGGAUAGAUUUACGGAUCACAGUAAGAUUUAUGUUAAUCGGUACCUUUUGAUGUCUGAUAUAAUUCUCUUCAUGAGUGAAGAAAAUUCCUAGUAACAACUGGAAUACUAUGUUCCAGACAUUAAAUGAUCUUUGAAAGUACACACAUUUCUAUAUUAAGGUUCAUUCCUAUAAAAUUAUAAAGCUGUAGAUAGGAUACUAGUUGUAAUAUAAUUACAAUAAAUAUUAACUUUUGUUUCUUUUUAUACAACAGAUCAAUCUUGAACCUCGUGAACCAUUGUCAUCAUCAUCACUAGCAUCAACGAGUCAUAGUAUCAAAUAUCCUUCAGUCAAUGAAAAUGAUACUGAUCAACCUCCUAAACUUCAGAUUACGCUAAACAAUAAUGACAAUAAAAAUGAAAUUAGUUCAGAUGAUAAUGAAGACGACGACGAUGAUGAUAAUAAUAAUUCUAAUUUCUAUCAUUAUUUUAUUGCUGGUAAAUACGACCCAGUUAGACAACAAGUACUUACAUGGGAUACAGAAUUAGCUAAAAUACUUAACCUCAAAACACACAAAAAUAGAUAACAAAAAAUUCUUUUCUUUCUCUCUCUCUCUCGCACACACAAAAUAUCUCCAAAUAAGCAUUAAAACCAUCAGAUUGUAUCGCAUUUUUUCAUUCCUUAUCUCUGUUUUUUUUUCUUUUCUGCAGUUCUAUGAUAUUGGUAAUUGUUUUGUUCCAUUUUUCUUUUGUAUGUCAUUUAUUAAAUAGUUCAGUAAACUUUCACACCGGUGUGUUUAUCACCUUUUUUGUGAAGUGAAUUAAUCUCAUAAUCACCAUCAAAUAUUCUUCCAAUUUUGUGUGUAUUUUUAUUUUAAAUUAUCGUGUAUACCAACCUCCCCCACUCCACUUUACAACUUGACAACUACAAGUAACUUCUACUUACUCAUAUAAUCCGAUGAUGUUUGAUAUGGCCUAUGAUUUAAGCGAUAUUAUUUUUUUAUUACCAUGAUCAUU